UCGUCGUAGUUCUAACUGCUUUGCGCGACACGACGACUAUCGCACGGUCGCACAAUCGUACAGUUGCGCUGAAGUCCGGCACCGUUAAAACAUACUAACGCAUCUACGGACUACUUCAUUCUCCUCAGAGCCUAGCGUUCGAGAGCACAACUACCCCGGGGACUUAGUCAUUUAUUGUUGUUGCGAUGCAGCGGUUCCGUGCGGCAUUGACGCUACUGGCGCUGGUGGCCAUUUCCUUCCGGCCAACAGUUGCUGACGAUCUCAGCCUAGACGAUCUGAUCAAUUCGGUAUUUACGACGUCCUCACCGGGUAAGGAUGCACCACCAGCAACAAGUGCUCCACCACCACCACCGACUCCAUCGAUUGGCGUGAAGGGUGGACCGUGUGGAAAUGAGGCUGUCUGUAUCCAAAAGUACCUCUGUUCCAACGGCAGCACGUCCGGUGAGGGGUUGAUCGAUAUUCGCUUCUCGGACGAUAAUCCGUGCGUCGACUAUCUGCUGCAGUGUUGCUACGACGAGGAUAUCAUUCAACCUCCACCACCGGUACCCCCGGUUCCGAACCCAGGCCCGAACCCUGUGCCGAAUCCGAAUCCUGAUCAGAACCCUGGUCCGAAGCCUGGUCCAGGUCCAGUUCAUGAUUCGCGUUGUGGUCUACGCAAUGUGGAUGGUAUCGGAUUUCGCAUCACUGGAUCAAAGAACAACGAGGCCGAGUAUGGCGAGUUCCCGUGGAUGGUGGCUAUCCUGAAGACGGAGGAGGUGCUCGGACAGCUGCGUGAGAACGUUUACACGUGCGGAGGUUCGCUUAUUCACAGACAGGUUGUGCUGACCGGUGCACACUGCGUGCAUAACAAAGCACCGUCCCAGCUGAAGGUACGCGCCGGCGAGUGGGACACGCAGACGAAAAAUGAAAUCUACAUGCACCAGGACCGCUCGGUUGUGGAAAUCGUCGUCCAUCCGGACUACUACAAGGGUGGACUGCAUAAUGAUGUGGCACUCCUGUUCCUGGACUCACCGGUCGAACCGAACGAGAGCAUUCAGACGGUGUGUCUUCCACCGCAGGACAUGGUGUUCAAUCAUGAGACUUGCUUCGCCAGCGGUUGGGGUAAGGAUGUGUUUGGCAAGGCCGGUACCUACCAGGUAAUUCUGAAGAAGAUCGAUCUACCGGUGGUUCCGAACGAUCAGUGCCAAACGGCACUCCGCACCACCAGACUCGGUGCCAAAUUUAAUUUACACAAGAGCUUCAUCUGUGCCGGUGGUGUGCCCGGUAAGGACACGUGCAAGGGUGACGGUGGAUCGCCGCUCGUUUGUCCGAUUCCCAACUCGCCGCAUCACUACUACCAGACUGGACUGGUCGCGUGGGGAAUCGGGUGCGGUGAGAAUGGCAUCCCGGGCGUAUACGCCAACGUGGCUAAGUUCCGUGGCUGGGUCGAUCAGCACAUGGUGCAGCGUAACUUCGGUACCGACAGCUACACGCCCUUGCGGGAGAAGUCGCCGGGUUUCGGUUACCGGGUGUCAUUGAACGUGAACGUGAACAGUGUAUAUUACCUAGUGUUAGACAACAACAUGGCAUCACGAACCAUCGCGCUACUUGCCGCAGUAGCACUUAUGGGCGGUUUGGUAACAGCCCAGGAUACGCUCGACGACUUAUAUCUGUCGCUGUACAAUCUGACUGAAAACAAAAACACUGUUACGGAAGCACCCAAACCAACUGUUGUGGCUCCCGUCACACAGGCACCUAUACCUCCUCAGCAACGCUAUACCUGCACCGGGGAAUGUGUGCAGUAUUAUCUGUGCAGCGACAACCAGAUCAUUACGGACGGUGCCGGCAUUAUCGACAUUCGUGUCGGAGAAGAUGCGACGGAGGAGUCUGAGUGUCCCCACUUCCUAAACACCUGUUGCGAGAAGGAUUCGGUGCUUGUUGAACCGCCACCAACCGCAACCAAGGCUCCACCAACGAAUGAUGGUGGCCCUGGACCACGCCGACCAACCUGUGGAUUCCGUAAUGCCGAUGGGUUGGGUUUCCGCAUUACCGGAAACAAGAACGGUGAGUCGGAAUACGGUGAGUUCCCAUGGAUGUUGGCCGUAUUGCGCGAGGAACGCGUUGCUGAUAACAAUCUCAACGUGUACGAGUGUGGUGGUUCCCUGAUUGCCCCGAACGUCGUUCUGACUGCGGCUCACUGCGUGUUCAACAAGCAAAAGGAGCAACUGUUGAUUCGUGCCGGUGAAUGGGAUACACAGACUCGCGAUGAAUUGUACUCACAUCAAGACAGACGUGUGGCUGAGGUCAUCACCCAUGAAGCCUUCAACAAAGGUUCGCUAGCAAACGAUGUGGCUCUACUCAUCCUGAACGAACCUUUCCAACUGGCGGAGAACGUACAACCGAUCUGUCUUCCACCGAAGGGAACCUUGUUCGAUCACAGCAAAUGUUUUGCUUCUGGUUGGGGUAAAAAUGUGUUCGGCAAGGAGGGAAAAUAUCAGGUGAUCCUGAAGAAGGUGGAGCUUCCGGUUGUGCCACAAGGCGACUGCCAAAAGUCACUGCGUACCACUCGUCUGGGCAAGAGAUUCAUACUUCACCCGAGCUUCCUGUGUGCCGGAGGUGUUGCCGGACAGGAUACGUGUCGCGGUGACGGUGGUUCUCCGCUCGUCUGUCCGAUUCAAGGUUCAUCGACGCACUACUACCAGGCCGGUAUUGUUGCGUGGGGCAUCGGAUGUGGUGAAAACGGUAUCCCCGGAGUGUACGGUAAUGUGGCCUUCUUCCGUGAUUGGAUCGAUCAACAAUUGCCAAAACUCAGUGAUCUUCAAGUUUUCAUCAACGAGAAAUCAUUACUACAACCGUUAGCCAUAAUGCAAUUGAAAAGUUGUGUGUGCGUACUGCUAGUUGUUGGAAUCGUUGGGCUUGCAAGUGCGCAAGAAUUAUACGAUCCUAUCGCAAGUCAAUCUGAUACCUGUACCGGCGAAUGCGUGCAGUAUUACUUGUGCAGCGACAAUAAAAUCGUCACGGACGGUACGGGCAUUAUUGAUAUUCGUGUUGGAGAAGAAUCGGAGUGCUCAAACUAUUUGCACGUUUGUUGCGAGAAGGACUCAGUGCUUGCUGCAUCGACAAUAGCCGAAACCAAGUUAAUGACUGGUGGUGGCUCGGAACCACGCCGACCAACCUGUGGAUUGCGUAACAGCAAUGGUAUAGGGUUCCGUAUAAGUGGUAAUCAGAACGGUGAGUCGGAAUACGGUGAGUUCCCGUGGAUGUUGGCGUUACUGACCGAGAAAUCUGCCAUUGGUAGUAACCUAACCGUAUAUCAGUGUGGUGGUUCCCUGAUCGCCCCGAAUGUCGUUCUGACUGCGGCUCACUGCGUGUUCAACAAGCAAAAGGAGCAACUGUUAAUUCGUGCCGGUGAAUGGGAUACACAGACUCGCGAUGAAUUGUACCCACAUCAAGACAGACGUGUGGCUGAGAUCAUAACACACGAAGCCUUCAACACAGGUUCGCUAGCAAACGAUGUGGCUCUACUCAUCCUGAACGAACCUUUCCAACUGGCGGAAAAUGUACAACCGAUCUGUCUUCCACCGAAGGGAACCUUGUUCGAUCACAGCAAAUGUUUUGCUUCUGGUUGGGGAAAACAUGUGUUCGGCAAGGAGGGCAAAUAUCAGGUGAUCCUGAAGAAGGUGGAGCUUCCGGUUGUGCCACAAGGCGACUGCCAAAAGUCACUGAGUACCACUCGUCUAGGCAAGAGAUUCGUACUUCACCCGAGCUUCCUGUGUGCUGGAGGUGUUGCCGGACAGGAUACGUGUCGCGGUGAUGGUGGCUCUCCGCUCGUCUGUCCGAUUCAAGGUUCAUCGAAGCAUUACUACCAGGCCGGUAUUGUUGCGUGGGGCAUCGGAUGUGGUGAAAACGGCAUCCCAGGAGUGUACGGUACUGUGGCCUUCUUCCGUGAUUGGAUCGAUCAGCAACUACUGGAUCGUAGUAUUCUUUCGACGGACUAUUCUUGCGAAGGAAAAUGUGUUCCCCAGAAAAACUGUCUACGCCAUGUAACAGAUGAAGAGGAUGCAAUACCGGAGGUGGAUUUGCGCAUCGGUCAGGAAGAUUCGGACAUUGUAGGCCAGUGUCCUCACUAUCUUGAUGUGUGUUGUGCCCCGGACGAUCUAAUUGAAGAACCGAUAUCAUUGCACACGACAACGGAGGAAAGUGACAGCUUCCAGUCGUGUGGGCAGCGGAACAGUAACGGUGUUGGUUUUCGUAUCGGUGCAGGAAAGGUGGAAGAAUCCGAGUUUGGUGAAUUCCCAUGGACGCUGCUUGUCCUACAGCUGCAACAGCUGUUCGAUUUCGAGGAGAAGGAGGUGUAUGCAUGUGUCGCCUCACUUCUGGCACCGAAUGUUGCACUGACGGUGGCCCAUUGUGUGGUUAACAAAACAUCUAGCAAUUUGGUAGUUCGGGCCGGUGAAUGGGACACACGGACCGAGUCCGAACUAUUGCCCUAUCAGGAUGCUAAAGUGAAGGAAGUGGUGAUACACGAGCGUUACAACAAGCAGCACCACUUUGACGUGGCUCUGCUCGUGCUGGAAAAACCGUUACAGGCGGCGGAAAACAUACAGACAAUCUGUUUACCACCGCCCGGUGUACGACCGUCUGUUGGUACGGAAUGUUUCACCGGUGGCUGGGGUAAGGAUCAGUUCGGCCAGUCCGGUGUGUAUCAGCAGAUACUGAAGCGAGUAGCGUUACCGAUCGUCGAUUCAGCCCAGUGCCAGCAGUCCCUCCGAAAAACACGGCUCGGAGCGAAUUACAAGCUGCACAGUUCGUUCCUCUGUGCUGGUGGCAAAAAGGAUGCGGACGUAUGUUCCGGCGAUGGUGGUGCCGCCCUAGUAUGCCUUCUGCCAGGUUCGCAGGUCCAGUAUUAUCAGGCGGGUGUAGUGGCUUGGGGUAUUGGAUGCGGCGAUGAGAACAUACCCGGAGUGUAUGCGGACAUGGAAAGCUCACGAUCCUGGAUCCGACUCAGUCGAGUGAGUGUGUUUCCCAGCGUACACCCAGAUCGUACCACACACCGCUGGAUCUCGACACUGCCUUCCGAUCGUGAUCCUCUGCGUGUUACUGUGUCUGCGCGUGUGUGUGUGUGUUGGUUUGCGUUUUUUAUUUACCCAAUCUUUCAAUCCGGUACGGUUUUACGCUUGACCGAGCGUCGUCGAAAAGGUGCAAGAAGUGCGAAAAUUUCUGUACCAUUUUCGGUUUGUCUGACUUUAAGUUUUCGCAGUACAAAAAUGACACCUUUCCGUAUAGCACUGGUCGCAUGCGCGAUCGUUGGCCUCGCACAAGCACAACAACCGAUCGAUAAAAUUUUCUUCCCCGAAAAUGAUACCAUCCUUAAUUUUGCCAAUCGUGUUGGCGAGGGCGAUAGCACCGGCUUCCAGGCAGGUCAAGUAGAUCCACUGGACGCCAUUACGCCAACCGUACGGCCACAAACACUACUGACGGCACAAGGUGAACGGUGCACUUGCGUACCGUACUUUACCUGCACGCCACAGCCCGAGUUUGCUGAGCAGAACAAGUUCAACGAAAUCAAUGUGAACUACAAUCCCGAAAGCUGUCAGGAUGUGCUGGAUGUUUGCUGCCGGGAUAUGGAUUCGUUGGUGGUACCGAUGAACAAUACACCCGGUGAACUUCCGGUUGGACGGCCACGUGGCUGUGGACUUCGCAAUAUUGGUGGAAUCGAUUUCACGUUGACUGGAAACUUUAACAAUGAAGCCGGAUUCGGCGAGUUCCCGUGGACGGUGGCCAUCGUUAAAACGCAGGAUGGAAGCAGUAGCUGCGGUGGCUCCCUUAUUCACCCGAAUCUCGUUCUCACCGGAGCGCACUGUGUUCAGGGCUUCCGGCAGGGCCAGCUGAAGGUACGCGCCGGUGAGUGGGACACACAGACAACCAAGGAACGUUUGCCGUACCAGGAGCGUAUGGUGACGCGUGUCAACAGUCAUCCCGACUUUAAUCCACGCAGUCUCGCCAAUGAUAUCGCUGUGCUGGAGCUCGAUCAGCCUAUCCAGCUGGCGGAACACAUCAAUGUUGUCUGUUUGCCACCGGUUAACUUCGAUACGCGCCGUACGGAUUGCUUCGCCACCGGUUGGGGCAAACAGCAGUUUGGUAAGGCGGGUCGCUACAGUGUGAUCAUGAAGAAGGUUCCACUGCCGCUGGUGCCUUCCUCGACCUGUGAACGGCAGCUUCAAGCUACGCGACUCACGUCACGCUUCCGGCUGCAUCAAACAUUCAUCUGUGCCGGUGGUGAGCGCGGUGUCGAUACGUGCGAAGGCGAUGGCGGUGCACCACUCGUCUGUCCGAUCGGUGCGGCCAACGAAAACCGGUACGCACAGGUUGGAAGUGUUGCCUGGGGCAUUGGCUGCCAUGAUGCCGUACCAGGCGUCUACACAAACAUUAUUCUCUUCCGUUCCUGGAUCGACAACGUAGUACGUACGCUUGGUUUCGACACGACCGCGUACGACGCAACGCAGUCCGUGUUUUCGAGUCUCUUUGCCUGAUUUUCACAAUUCAUUGCUCGCUUAUAAAAUCACCCUUAUAAUUGAAGUUUAUAAGAAACUAGAAAUAAACAUGAAUGUACGUCAAAAUGCUUCGUACGAGCAUA